AUACAUUUUCAUUGUAGGUCGUGGAAUCGUGCUUGGAAGGGGUUUGUAAACCAGACCCUCGUAUCUAUCACUUGUGUGCCGAGAGGCUCAGUGUUCAGCCCUCAGAGGCCAUCUUUCUGGAUGACAUAGGGCAGAAUCUAAAAGCUGCUGCUCAGCUGGGCUUUGCUACAAUCAAGGUGAAUAAUGUGAAAGAGGCACUCGAAGAUUUAGAAAAAUUGUUACGGUUCCCUUUGAAAGACUUUGUACCAAACACUCGUGCUGUGAGACCCUCAAUGGAGAUUUCAAGGGAUUCCUUGAAGAAAUAUCUGGAAGAUCUGUUUGGAGAAGUUCUGUCAGGUUCUCUGCUUGUUCGUCAGUUCAGCCAUGGGCAGUCCAACCCCACUUACUGUGUCAGGUUCAAUGGAAAGCAAUUGGUACUGAGGAAGAAACCUCCAGGAAAACUGCUGCCUGGGGCUCAUGCCAUAGAAAGGGAAUAUAGGGUUUUGAAAGCACUGGGUGAAGCUGGUGUUCCUGUACCAAAAGUGUUGAGCCUCUGUGAAGAUUCAAGCGUCAUUGGAACUCCCUUUUAUCUGAUGGAAUAUUGCACUGGGCGCAUUUUUAAAGACCCUGCCCUACCAGAACUGGAUGCUAAAGAACGUCAAGCCAUAUAUACAGCAAUGAAUAAAGUUCUGUGCCAAAUUCAUAGUGUGGACAUCAAAGCAGCUGGACUAGAAGAUUAUGGCAAACAAAGGUGCAUAUGUUCAACGCCAAACUCAGACAUGGACGAAGCAGUACAGAGCUAGCGAGACUCAUCAAAUCCCUUCUAUGGAGCGGCUUAUUGAAUGGCUUCCACAGCAUCUACCUGCAGACCAGAAAACCACAGUGGUACAUGGAGACUUUAGGUUGGAUAAUAUAAUAUUUCACCCAGAAAAAGUUGAAGUACUUGGCGUUUUGGAUUGGGAAUUGUCCACACUAGGAGAUCCUUUGUCAGAUGUAGCAUAUAAUUGUAUGGUUUAUUAUCUUCCACCCAAUCUCCCUGUUCAGAAAGGACUACAAAAUUAUAACUUGUCAGAAUUGGGCAUUCCCACUGCAGAGGAAUACUUUGAGCAGUACUGUGAGAAUAUGGCCGUUCCGAAGGUGGAGAACUGGAAUUUCUAUAUGGCAUUUUCUUUUUUCAGAAUAGCAGCCAUCUUGCAAGGUGUAUACAAGCGCUCCUUGGCAGGACAGGCUAGUUCUGCAAAUGCAGCAGCUACUGGAAAGUUAACAGAAUUCAUGGCGAACAUAGCAUGGGAUUUUGCUACAAAAGAAGGGUUUCGAAUUUUCAAAUCUCCCUCUGGAUCCACGUCUAGAAAUCCAACAACAAGAUCUUACACUACUUGGAGUCUGCUAUCAAGCCAUAGAUUUUCAGAGAAGAGAACAUCUACAUCCUCCAGAGACUCUCAUCAAUCUGCACAGAUAAGUCACCUGGUCAUCUCCCCUGAUGGCCUUUCUAGCAAGGCCAAAGACCUGUACAGUAAAUUAAAAGAGUUUAUUGAAGUUCAUAUUUAUCCUGCUGAACAAGAAUUAAGAAAUUACCAGUUUUCGGAGAAAAGAUGGACUCCCCAUCCUUUAACUGAAGAACUUAAGGAAAAAGCAAAAUCACAGGGACUGUGGAAUCUUUUCCUACCUUUAGAGAGCGACCCAGAGGGUAAAUAUGGUGCUAAGUUGACAAACGUGGAAUAUGCUCACCUCUGUGAAUUAAUGGGAACAUCUCUGUAUGCCCCUGAGAUCUUCAAUUGUUCAGCCCCAGACACAGGAAAUAUCGAAGUGCUGGUUCGCUAUGGGACAGAGGAACAGAAGGAAAGAUGGUUGAAGCCACUAUUGGAAGGAGAGAUCAGGUCCUGUUUUGCUAUGACUGAACCAAAGGUUGCCUCUUCUGAUGCCACAAACAUUGAAUCUUCAAUAACAGAAGAUGGGAACUCAUACAUUAUUAAUGGCCAUAAAUGGUGGACAUCAGGAGCAUUGGAUUCACGCUGUAAGAUCUGUAUUUUUAUGGGGAAGACAGAUCCAGGUGCCCCUCGUCAUAAGCAGCAAUCAAUGAUCCUGGUACCCAUGGACACUCCUGGAGUCACCAUUCUGAGACCUCUCACUGUCUACGGAUUAGAUGAUGCCCCAGCUGGACAUGGAGAAUUGACAUUUGACAACGUACGUGUGCCUAAGGAAAACAUACUCCUCGGUAGAGGCAGAGGAUUUGAGAUUGCACAGGGCAGGCUGGGUCCAGGGAGAAUACAUCACUGUAUGAGGCUUAUUGGAAAUGCAGAGAGGUGUCUGACUCUCAUGAAGCAGAGGGUUAAAUCAAGAGUUGCUUUUGGCAAACCCUUAGCUGAACAGGGAACAAUUCUUGCAGACAUUGCGAAAUCCAGAGCAGAAAUUGAGCAGGCAAGGCUGCUUGUUCUAAAAGCUGCAUACCUUAUGGACACCGUUGGCAAUAAGGAAGCAGCUUUGGAAAUUGCCUUGAUCAAAAUGGUGGCACCAUCUAUGGCACAAAAUGUAGUAGAUCGAGCAAUUCAGGCAUUUGGUGCUGCAGGCCUCAGCAAUGACUUCCCUCUUGCUCAGUUCCAUGCCUGGGCAAGGGCGUUACGCCUGGCAGAUGGACCCGAUGAAGUUCACCGACUGACAGUAGCUAAAAUAGAACUGAAACAUUAA